GAUCGAGUCAUCCCGUCUCAGUGUAGACUGUAGUACCUACACCACACCAGGCAACCCUUCAACAACAAGCUACACCUGGACCUAUGGUGGUUCUACUGUCAGUACUGGGGCUGUACUUGAUAGAAGCAGAAUCAGCAGGAGUCAGGGAGGAAACUACACCUGUACUGCCAGCAACACGCUGACACCAAGUGGGGGAUCUCAACAACAGGGGACGGCAGCAGCACAGGUCAAUGUGAACGUUCAAUAUCAGGCCAGUAUAAGUAUGUUCACUGCCAACUCACUCAGCGGCACAUUGACAGUGAACGAGUCUGAUCCGGUGACCUUGAGAUGCCACAUUGAUAGUAACCCAAGGUCAAUCAUCAGAUUACUGAAUGGAACUGAUGAGUUGACAAGGGCAGAUAACUCCAUGACAGCAGAAUAUAGACUGGAGUCAGCAGACUGUAGACAAAGAGGGAACUACUCCUGUACUGCCACUAACAACAUCGGGGCACCUGUCAGCCAGAGGGUGGAGUUGCUGGUCAAAUUUUCCCCUCGACUUGAUGAAUCAGUUCCCCAGCAACUCAAGUACGCCUCUAGACCGGGUGGUAACGUGAACGUGUCUGUGUCAGUCCUGGCCUUUCCCCUUCCUACAUUCACCUGGAGUAGAACCAACAGCACCAGCCAGGACCUCACUGGUUCCUCCAGCCCUGUCUCAGACAUCUCAGCCACUGCCAGACUACACCUUACUAACCUACAACAGCAGGACUUCAGGGACUACAGUCUGACAGUGGACAAUCGUGUAGGCCGGUCGGUGGCAUAUACUGUCAGUCUAAAGGUCGAAGGGCCUCCGGGGACACCUACACAGUUCAAAUCUCUUGAAAAUGUAACAACGUCUUCGGUGUGGUUGUCAUGGCAACCUGGGUUCAAUGGUGGACAUCCCCAGUCUUUCAUGCUUGAAUAUCUUCAGUUUGUUACAAGAACGUGGACCGCGUACAACACGUAUGAUGACACUGGCAAGGUGAAAGUGGUGGAAGUGACGGGCCUAACGUCCGGAGAUAUUCACCUUUUCCGCCUGCAUAGUAGAAAUGCCUUGUCUAACAGUUCAUCUUUCGUCAUUGUGGAAACUGUGACUGCUGGGGAUCCUACAGACCAUCAGCAACUCGAUGCUACUUGUACAGAAGACAUCGUUGGAUCAACUGUAGGAACUCUGCUUCUUGCCUCGUUCAUUGGAGGAAUUGUUGUGAUGGUCCUCUACAGAAAGGGUUUGAUCAGGUUCGGACAUGCCAUGAAAGGAACUGCAUCACAAAAAAGCACCAGUCGAGCUGAAGUUACAGAAAUGGACAACAUUGGCUAUUCUUCCUUGGAUGCAGUCAACACUCCGGCUCAGUACACAAGUUUGGAGGAAAAGGCACAAGAUAAACAAAAUUACUCACAGCUGAAGAUUUAUGAGAACACGAAAGAAGAUGCUCCAGCAGAUACGAGUACCUAUGAAGGCAUGGCAGAGACUCCCCCUGUGACCUAUGAAUCCAUCAACGCAUCUCCGGACCAGGACAGUGGCGGUCAACCUCGUGAUGCUGACUAUGGAAAUAUGUGAAGAGGCAACAAUCCAUGCUGUGGCAUCAUCUUUGCAGUAAAGGAUCAUGGAACACUUGAUGUGGUGCUUUGCUUGGAUAUAUACACUCAAUCAUACUUGUUAACUUUAUCCAGGACAGGGAAACCAUUCACAUUUGUGUAGCUGUUGGUUCACCCACGUAAGAGAGGGAUACUCAAAGCAUGUUGGCAUUUGAUCAUGUCUGUUUACAUGUAGCAUUCCUCUUUCAUUGUGAAAUUCAGAUUACGUGAAAAGUACAUGUUUACAUGAUAAUGUAAUACAAGUCUUACUUUAUAGAUUAGAUUGAUAUAAAAAUAGCUCAAUAAAACUAUAAACUGAUUAUAGACGACGGAGUCCACAUAAAUAUACACCUGAAGUUUUUCGCUUUGCUUUAUGCUGAUGAUACAGUGUUAUCAGCUUCUACUAAUGAUGAUCUGCAGUAAGAUCAAGUUAGAUGUAUUUAGUGAAUACUGUAAUCAUUGGAAACAUGUCCGCCAUGACAUAACACAAUAGGCCAUUUUAAACUCCAGAUUAUGCUAUGAGAUUAUGCUAUAGCAUUGAGUGAAUUAAGUUAUGUUCUGUUGUUGA